CCAGGCAUCAGAUGGCAGCACUGGGGCAAUUACUGAGGGGCUCUGCCCGGCUGGAGGGCUUGGCCAGGAGUUUCCACCGAUUCCCAGGGGCGCAGGCAGCCGGUCAGGCGUUGGAGCACGAGCAAGCGGAGGGGGUGUUGGGGGCCACAGUCAAGGGGUCCCCAAUGGUGAAGAACCUUAAGGAGAUGCCUGGUCCCAGCACCAUGGCCAACCUGGUAGAGUUCUUCUGGCGGGACGGGUUCGGCCGCAUCCAAGAGAUUCAGCAAAAACACGCGCGCCAAUAUGGCCGGAUAUUCAAGUCGCACUUUGGGCCUCAGUUUGUGGUGUCGAUUGCUGAUAAAGACAUGGUCGCCCAAGUGCUCAGGGCAGAAAGAGAUGCCCCCCAAAGGGCCAACAUGGAGUCCUGGCACGAGUAUCGAGAAUUAAGGGGACGGUCCACUGGACUCAUUUCAGCGGAAGGGGAGAAGUGGCUGAACAUGCGAAGUGUCCUGCGGCAGAAGAUUCUCCGGCCAAGGGACGUGGCCAUGUAUUCCGGAGGGGUAAAUGAGGUUGUUGAAGAUCUGGUAAAGAGGAUCCGCAAGCUCCGAGUCCAAGAAAGUGAUGGGCUGACUGUGACCAAUGUCAAUGAUCUAUACUUCAAGUACUCCAUGGAAGCUAUUGCCACAAUCCUGUACGAGUGCCGCCUGGGGUGCCUGGACGACCAGAUCCCUCAGCAGACCAAGGAAUACAUCGAAGCUCUGGAGCUCAUGUUCAGCAUGUUCAAGACGACCAUGUACGCCGGCGCCAUCCCCAAGUGGUUACGCCCCUUAAUCCCCAAACCGUGGCGAGAAUUCUGCAGGUCCUGGGACGGACUCUUCAAAUUCAGUCAGAUCCACGUGGACGACCGAUUGCGGCAGAUCGAGUCCCAGUUGGAGAAAGGAGAAGAGGUACAAGGAGGGGUCCUCACCCACCUUCUGCUCUCCAAAGAGUUGGAUUUAGAAGAGAUUUAUGCCAAUAUGACCGAAAUGCUCCUGGCUGGUGUCGACACGACUUCCUUUACUCUUUCUUGGGCAACAUAUCUGCUGGCAAAGAACCCCGGUAUCCAGGAGGCCGUGUAUCAGCAGAUUGUGCAGAACUUUGGGAAAGAUCAGGUUCCGACGGCAGAAGAUGUUCCCAAAAUGCCCCUGGUCAGGGCUGUCGUUAAGGAAACCUUGAGGCUCUUCCCCGUCCUGCCCGGGAACGGCAGAGUCACCCAGGAUGACUUGGUUGUGGGUGGAUAUUUCAUCCCCAAAGGGACCCAGUUGGCGCUGUGUCACUAUUCCACGUCCUACGAUGCCGAGUGCUUCCCGGCGGCGGAAGAGUUCAGACCGGAGCGCUGGAUCCGCAGCGGAAACCUAGAACGCAAGGAGAACUUUGGCUCCAUCCCAUUCGGCUACGGGAUCCGCAGCUGCAUCGGCCGCAGGGUGGCGGAACUGGAGAUGCAUCUGCUGCUCAUCCAGCUUCUUCAGAAUUUCGAGAUUAAACCGUCGCCCCAAACCACGACCGUUCUGCCCAAAACCCACGGGCUCCUGUGUCCCGGGGGGAAGAUCAACGUUCGCUUCGUGGACCGACAGUGAAAAUAUCCCGGAUCAGAAAAUCCCUAUUAACCCCCCCAAAAUUGACUGCCACGGAGGGACAGUUCCUGUGGAAUAGAUCUCUGUGGCCCCCUAAGGACAAUGCACUGUGGCCCCCACUGAUUGCCAGAUAGUGGCAUAGGACAAGCAGUGCCCAUUCCCCUUGUACAUAGCUGUGUGUCUUUUAGCCAAUUACACUGCUACCCUGCACUUUCGCUGUACCGCCGCAGCCAAUCGCAUCCAGCCUGGGCAAUCGAUUCCAUGAACGGACCCCCGACUGCCCCCCGCUGGGCACAUUUAGUAUCACUGACGUUAUUAGUAUUUAUAUAGUGAGUCGCAGCAACUUUAACUCUUUCUCCUUUUUCUGGAGAUUUUACCCUUAAUUUUAGCUUGAAUUUUUUUUUUCUAAAUCAACAAUAAAAAUUUAUUAACCGCC